CCCUCCCUUCCCUUUGACCUGCGCAGUAUCGACAGACACACUCUUUUCUACACGUCGGAUAUGGCGGUGGGCACUUUGAAGUCGGGGCAAUCUACACUAAGGAAGGCUCAGCAUCUCUGUGUUUUGGUACAUGGGCUUUGGGGAUACGCGACUCACCUCAACUAUCUCGCACAGGCUUUGCGCGAGAAGCACAAUGAUGACAAGCUCAUAAUUCUGGCCUGCCGAUCUAAUCCAGGCUCGCUCACCUACGAUGGCGUCGAGGUCGGCGCCGAACGAGUUGCCAAAGAGAUUGAGGACAUGUUGGAAGAGUUAGAGAGAGAUGGCUACAAAAUCACCCGUUUCUCCAUCGUCGGUUACUCACUGGGCGGUCUGGUCGCACGCUAUGCCGUUGGACUGCUGUAUCACAAGGGCUAUUUCGAGAAGAUAACCCCCGUCAAUUUCACUACUUUCGUCACUCCUCAUCUGGGUGUCCGAACUCCUCUGAGAGGAUAUCAGAAUCACCUUUGGAAUGUGCUGGGGGCGAGGACGUUAUCAAAAAGUGGUCGACAGCUGUUCAUGAUCGAUAAGUUUCGAGGUACAGAGAGACCGCUUUUGAGUGUUCUAGCCGACCCGGACAGUAUAUUCAUUGCAGCCCUCCGCCAGUUCCAGCGACGGUCUUUGUACACCAAUAUCGUCAACGACAGGUCCGCCGUAUACUAUACGACCGGCAUAUCGAAAAGCGAUCCUUUUACUGACCUCCAGAAGCUUAAUCUUCACUACCUGAAAGACUUUGAGCCUGUCAUACUGAACCCCGAUCGGCCUAUUGAAGUUGCACCCGAGGACCAGUUACCUUCAUUUUAUCAACGCAUCCGGAUCAGCAGUCAAACCGUCCUCCGUCGGACACCGAUUAUUUUGGCAUUGGUUGUGCUGAUCCCAAUAGCCACCGUGGCCUUCCUUGCGAAUUCUUGUGUCCAAACCUUUCGCAGCCGCCGCCGCAUCCGAUUGCACGAGACCGAUGAGCAAGGAGUAGGAUUUGGCAUGUACAAUAUUCCCUGGAUGGUGCGGGAAAUGCGUGUGGGUCUUGAAGAUGCAUUCGAAAAUGUCAACGCUGCCCAACAGCAGGACUACCUUCCCCAAGGAUCAGAGGAGAUCGCUACAAAGCCUGCUUCACCGUCCAUGUCCACAUUGACAAACACAUCUGCCGAAUCGCUGCUGUCUGAAAAAGCGGAUAAGGCUCUGCUCCAGAAGAAGUCCUCACCGACCGAGAGAGCCCCAGAUUUCCCCACCUUGGCCUUGACUCCAGCUCAAUUUGCUGCAAUCAACGCUCUCGACGAUGUAGGAUUCCGAAAGUACCCCGUCCACAUCCACAAGAGCAGUCAUAGCCACGCAGCCAUCAUUGUGCGGACACCCAAACCUGCAUUCGAAGAAGGUAAAGUGGUUGUCAAACAUUGGUUGGAGAAGGAGUUCCAAAUUUGAAACCAUCAGACACCUGUCCACAAGCGUUGUGUCUGUCACGGAUCUGUGGGACAUCCUGAAUCAUGACUUGUCAAAAUAUCAUUGACUGACUGGUCGAGGUGUUAAUCGAAUAUGGACGGCAUCUCGAUUACCUCACGGUAGAAGGGCCAUCUUGGCCGUCCGGCGAUUAUGGUAAGCUACAGGGCCCUGCGCGACAUAAUGCAUUCGUAUUUGGCGAUUGUCAUAUUUCUGCAUCAUUUACAAGUUCAGCAUGCAUGUUGUCAUUUUCAGCGAUGGAGUUGGAUAGGUGACUCAGGUAGAUUCUGAAUCUGCGAUCAUUUGCACUCACU